UAGUUGCUGGAAUAGGUCUGGAGAGGACUGCCUACACUAUGAGCUCUACUGCUGAAACAGUGGAAGUGUGUCUCUAUGUAUCAAGGCCAGCAAUAAGUUGUCCCAUCUCUUUCCCCUUUGACAUCUUCUUCAAUAUAACAACCAGUGCAGAUGUGUUCGAAGUUGAUACAACCCAAGAGCUCAGUCAGGCCGAUGGCAUCGAUGAAGAAAGACGAGGACUCUACAAACUCCUCUUUGACACGUGCCAGAAGCGAUUCUGUUUCGAUGUCUGUCGGAGGGACCUAACAAGUGGAGACCGUGGAAGGUUUGAGAUGACUGUAACCAGGACACCAGACCACGGCCGGACCACCGAGAUUGUUUCAAACAUGGGAUAUAUCGAAAUUCGUUAACGGGACUAUACAGAAUGAAUAACUGCAAACUGUAUACUAUAGAGAGAGCUGUGUAUUCCCCCAUUAAUUAAGCAUACUGUAAUUGAUGAAAUGUGAUGUAUUUUG